AUGGCGUCCGAAUCGACGGCCGACCGCGCCUCGGUCGAUUCCCCCGGCGACGCCUCCCCGUGGCCGGCGUCGAUUCUCCUCGCCCAGGAGGCGUACGGCGCCGUCAGCAGGAACCACACCACGGCCACAGCCAAAUCGAGGGUCGACCACACCGUGGAGCUCACCUUCUGGGUCGCCGACCCGCCGGCGGUGUCCUUCUACACGUUCCACUGCUCCAAGCCCCCCACCUCCGACUCCGAGGACGCCGCCGACUUGCAAGUUCAGCCACACGUGGUCGGCGCGGAGGGCCGAUUCGUUCUCGUCCGCACCUUCUUCGCUUCCGGCGACGACGAGUUUGAAUACUUCAUCUACAAGGGCGACCCCAGGUCCCCGUCCCUCGAGAGCGUGCCGCUUCCCGAUGAUGAUAGGCUGAGCGGAUGCGGAGGUACCGAGUUCGGAAUCGUGCCCCGCGGCGACGGCGACCAUUAUCUCCUGAUUGCGCUCUGUUACGCGGCGACCUUGAAGGAUUACCGGCUUCACAUCUACUCGUCCGAGGACAGAGCAUGGAGGACCAAGGAACUGCUCAAUCCAUGUCCUCGGGUCCUUACGAUUGCACCAGACAAGGUGAUGCUGCUCCGAGAUGGCGUGCUGGUGUGGGUCGAUUUGCUGUGCGGGAUGCUGGUGUGUGACAUACUUCAAGAACGAGAACCCCUUCACGCGCGCUACAUCCCAUUGCCUGAGCCAUUGCCUAGAAACAGAGAACAGAUUUUGAAGCAGUUAAUCCCGGGAGCUGCCAUCAGGCGUUAUCGGGAUGUCGCCUGUGUCGAUGGUCUGAUCAAGUUUGUUGAGAUGGAACACCGCGUCACUGUAACAGAGAUUGUAGAGGUUCCUCCUGAAAAGCCGUCUGACCCCAGGGACAAGACUGUGCUCUAUGAUUCUGACUUGAUCAUGCUCUACAAGCGCAAACAUGUGGACAACAAGCCCAAGACGCUGCACACAAUGAAUGGUUGGAGUGCCAUGACAUGGACUAGGGAGAUUGGGUCUGACUGUUGGCUCAAGGGAGUCAUUGUUGACGUUGAUGACAUUUUGGUCGAUGAUUCGGCGUUUUCAGCCUUACUGUCUGGCCAAAGGAACGAAUCCGCUGGGAGCUUGACAUUCAAGAACAUGUACUCGGCUUGCCCCACCCUCAGCACAGAUGGUAAUGACAUCCUAUACCUCAAGUCAUCAAGGAAAAUGAUUGAUUCAUAUCGAUGGGUGGUUGCGGUUGAUCUUAAGGAGAAAACACUGAUGAAAGUGGAAGCACCUGGGGCGCACCCUUUUGGAGAAUAUUCUCCUUCGUUUCAAAUGUUCCUUCCCUGUGCAUUGGUGAACCAUCUAAAAAUGACUCCAGGCAUUAAAUUCUCAGCAAUUCAGACCGCACAGACAAGCAGCUCUGCAAAUGAGCCAAAUAAUGCAGCUAUCUGUGUCGGCGAGCCUGAUUCCUAUGAACCUGAAAACAAACGUCCAAGGCUAUUGGCUGAGAAAGCCAACCAUGCACAAAAUUUAGCUCAGAGUACUGUACGGAAUGUUCAUAGCUCACAAGCCUGUCCUGAUCAAAACAAUAUGCCUCCACAACCAUGCUUCAACAGGUGGGAGGGGCCUGGCUACGGUGGGUACUCAUCAUGCCCCCCUCAAAACAAUCCGCCGCUGCCACAAUGUUUCAACAACUUCACUCGACCCUGCAACCCUGUGUAUGCACCGUCGGCCCCUGCCCCUAACAUACAUAGCUACGGCAACUAUCAAUCGUUGUGGCAGCAGCCACUACUACCGGAGCAGCAGAUGGCACCUAGCAGGGCAUUUGGACCUCACGUGGCACCCCAUCCAUACUUCAACAACUGGCGUGGAGCCGGACACCAUGGGAAUUCACAGCAAUACCCUGCGGGUAACUCAUAUUACUAUGGUGCGCACUCAGGCAGUGGCAACCAAGGAUUUGGUUACCGUCCGAUUUACUACGAUCACCGAUACUAA